ACGCCUACUCCCCCCCCCCCCAACACACAGGUGACCCGGAAGUCAGGCGGGGGUCGGUCUUGUGAUGCGGAGACGGGCGGUCAUGCCGGGAUAAGCGGGCGCGGAGCGGGGAUGACGCACUUCGGGCCUCCGCGGCUGCUCUCGGAUUAUGGGGACUUCGGGCGGCAGCAGGUCCUGCGGGAGGCGCUACAGGCGCGGCCCGGGGACUCCCGCCUGUUCUGCAGCCCGGACCGGAGGCACCUGGUGGUGUGGCUGCUGCGGCAGAGAAGGCUGCUGUCCUUCCCGCGGCUGAGCGCAGACACCCCGCUCCCCGGAGCUCACCUGGAGCACAGCUGGCCGGGCUCCCCUCACCUAUGCGGGCUGCUCUUCCCUCACCGCCCGCCGGACUGGUUGCUGUGCCUGGUGUGGGAUAACGGGCGGGCGGAUGUGUGGAGUCCUCCCCGGGGACCCUCCGGUAACACCUGGACCAGGCUGCAGUCCCUGGAGCUCUGCAACAGCCCCCGGGCCCGGGUGGUGUCCGUGUGCUGCGGUACCGCAGGGGAGCUGGUGUGGUGUGAACAGAGGGCGCCCUCCAGCCCGUACAUGUACUGCAUCUGCCGCAGGUCCCUCCGGAUCACCGCACAGCAGGUGACGUUGGGCAGCAUGAAGAUCGUCCUCCAUCAAAGCCCCUUCUACUCCAUGCUCUCCUCCCCUAACCACAUCUUCAUGAUCCCAGAUGCUGGCCCCCAUCCUAUCCUCAUAUACUCCCUCCAGGAAGACAAGAUGUCCAUGGCCACCCUGACCACGGGGCUCCUGCACAGCAAAGCUCUCACUGAGGGGGACUUUAAGAAGAUGGUCCUAGAAUACUCUGGCUUCCUCUCUUCUCAGAUGCCCCCAGCAAUCCUGCAGUCAGUGAUCACCGAGGACGGGUGCUUGUUGCUUAUGACAACCAUUGGGCAGAUAUAUCUUCUCUAUGAGGAUGGGAGUGUCAGACAUAUCUUUGAUAUUAAUAUAGUGGAUGGAACUCAGAUCAAAAUGCAGAUAUUUGAGGACACUUUGGCUUGUUCUGUAGACACCACAGUGUUCCUCAUCAAUGUCCAUACAGGGAGGCUUCUGGCCAAGCAAAUUCUCAAUGCCGAAGAGCUGUUCUUCCUGAGGGUAUUAGAUACAGAAGACGUCCAGGCGGUCACAAGGGACGGCAUCUAUAGGAUCAGCUCUUCUGUUGAGCCUGAAGACGAAGGAAAGUCGGAGCCUUCGUUGCUGGACAUGGUUUAUGAAGAGGCCUGUAAGUACUACCAAAGAAGAAGCCUGAGCAGCGCUAAGCUGACUGUGCCCGAGCUAAAGAAAGGCGGAAUGUUCCAGGCCCCCAUCACCCUGUCCGCCAUCCUCAGCAACUACCAGAAAAACAGCAAGUCCAAGGAUCAGACGCAAUACUCUGAUCUGCUGAACAACAUGAGCAAUGAACUGCAGAGCUUCGUAAGUCUGGAGCUCCUCAAGACCUGCAUCCUCACCGCGUCCGGAGAAGACAUCGAGAAGUACUGCGAGGAGCUGGUGGACCACGAGGUCACGCGGCUCCUUCAGAUGGACGUGGACCGGGACGGCCUACUGUAUAUUAACUCUUUGUUUAACACUUUUCCCAAGGCGGCCUGGCUGUCUGUAAGGAAUAACUUUCAGUUUCUUAAGAACGGAGAUGGCAAACUUGUCAUUCGGGCCACUGCCGACCUAUGGAAGAAAGUGUUGAGUCCUCUUCCGUCGGGGGCGAGGGACGGCUCUCAGAACGGAGUGUAUCCUCUGUUUGAGGUCAUCUGUCGGUCCCUAUGCACGUUCAAGCCCAAGUGGCUUCCUACUUUUGUCCAGCACGCCCAGGACUGCUCGGGGCUCUCCUGGAACUUUACCAAAGAUAACUGUGAAGGUGCACCCCUCUAUAAAAGGGCCUUAUCCGUUUUGGGAAAGCGGAAGGAAAACACUAAUGUGGACUUGGAGGUGGAGAUCCUGCUGUGCAGCGGGAGGCCCCAGGCUAUCAUCCAGGCCAUACAUAUACUGAUCGCUCUAAAACGUUGGUCCAGGGUGAUGGAGGAGACGCAGAGGUUCUCCCAGCUCAGCCCUCUCAUCACUAAGGACAUUUUCAUCACCCUGCUGAUAGAAUUCGUCAAAAACAGACACUUGGACUCCUACAUCAGCCAGCUCUGUGACAUCUGCCCCGAGGACAUGACCGCCACUGACAUCUUACGGAUUGUCCUCCAGAACAUGCCCAAAGUGGAGACCGACCCGUCUCCGUUUGGGGGCGGGGUGCAACUGACUGUGGGGUUACUUAAACCUCUCCUAAACAAAGUAUUGAAGAACCAGCUUGGGAAGGAUGAAAAGUGUGCAACGCAAACCUUUCCUCCGGCUACUCCUCAGCGGACAAACAAGUCUGUCAGUCAUAGUUCUGUAAUGAACGGGGACGAUCUGUCGCCCACUGACUUCUACUCCACUAAGGCUUUAUAAGUUAUUGCAGUAUUCUUGUAGUAUUAGUAGGUGUCUUAGUACUAAAGCACUUUUUGCUGCAUGCAGUUGGGUUUUGUCUUUCUAGUGCAGUGUUUAACAAACAGCGUGUCUCUAGCCAUUGCAAACUACAACUCCCAGCAUGCUGUCCGGGCAUGCUGGGAGUUGUAGUUUUGCAUAGGCUGGAGGCACACUGGGCUUAGUGACUUGUUGCUCUCCAGCUGUUUCUAAACUACAACUACUGCCCAAAGGCUGUCUGGGCAUGCUGGGAGUUGUAGUUUUGCAACAGCAUAACUACUCCCAGUAUGGCCAGAGAGAGCUGUUGCAAAACUUGACUACCAGGUAGCCUGUAAUGCUGUCGUAAAAGCUGGAAAGUCAUUGGUCUGUAUCAUAAUGAGCUUCUCUCCCCCAGGGUUUCCAAGACUGGCACAUUGCGCCCAUGUCUGCCCAUUUUACAGAUGUGGCACCUGCACCUCUUUUUUUGGCUCUACAGAAUCAAAUGUGGAUCCCAAUAAGGUUUUGUGGUGGUCUGGACCUAUGUAUCUCAGCUGUAAUACGGACUCUUAAAUGUGCUGGUGUUAAAGGGGUACACCGCCCCUAGAUAUCUUAUCCCCUAGCCAUAGGAUAGGGGAUAAGAUGUCAGAUCGCAUGGGGAC